AUGGCAAAGGACAGCUUCAAAGUUGUCAUUGUAGGGGGUGGCGUCGGGGGCCUCACUCUGGCCAACAUGCUGGAGAAGUUCGACAUCGACUAUGUUAUUCUAGAGUCUCACGGCGAGGUCGCGCCACAGGUUGGCGCCAGCAUUGGAAUGUUUCCCAACGGUCUACGUAUCCUGGACCAGAUUGGAUGCUAUCAGCCCAUUGCCGAUCUGCCUUGCUCACCACUGAGGCUAAACCGCCUCCGAGACACAGACGGCACUCCCCUAACACUAAUCCCGGAGGGAUAUGAUCAUAUGAUGAAGAGACACGGGUAUCCUGUUCUUUUCUUUGAUCGCCAGUGGCUUUUACAAAUUCUGUUUGACAAGAUCCAGCACAAGGACAGAGUGCUAUUGAACAAGAAGGUGACAAAGAUUGACCACAUCGACGGCGGCAUCAAAGCACAGACGGAGGAUGGCAGCUCCUACAAGGGCUCUAUACUUGUGGGGGUAGAUGGCAUUUGGAGCACGGUCAGAGAAAAAAUGUUCGAGCUGGGCAAUGAGCUUCGGCCCGGUCACUUCUCAGUCGAUGAGCCGGAUAAGGUACCAUGCUUUUACAAGUGCAGCUUCGGCAUUGCGAAGAAUGUCCCCAACUACACCGAAGGAGAGUUUAAUGUCAUCAAGGGUCGUGGCCUCUCUCAGUUGAUCAUUUCGGGCCCCGAGGGCAGAGUUUACUGGUUCAUUUUCGUUCGAUUACCAAAGCCCUUAUUUGGAGAGGAUAUCCCACGGUACAACAAGGAGGAUGAAGCUGUGUUUGCCAAAGAGUACGCUUCUCUGCCAAUCACCAAGAAGGUUAAUUUCGGUCAACUUUUCUCGAAGAGAAUCUCUUCGGCUCUCACACCGCUUCAUGAGUGGGUGUUUGAAAAAUGGUGGUUUCAGAGAAUUCUUAUCUUUGGAGACGCCGCUCAUAAGCCGGACCCCAUUGGAGGACAGGGAGGUAAUGGUGCCAUCGAAUCUGCUGCCGAGCUUCUUAACGCCCUCUUGGAGGCAAAGGGUUCACGACCUACUGGUCUCAACGACCUCUCCGUGCCAGAAGUCGAGUCCAUUUUUGAGAAAAUGCAGGCAAGCCGACAUGAGCGAGCCAACGACAUUGUCUCGUUGUCACACGAUCACCAAUCGAUCAAUUCUUCUGUUCAUCCCUGGCUUACGGACGUCAUCUGGAACCUUGUAUCGCCAAUCAUCGGACCUGAGUUCUACUUGAGACUCCACGCCUACCCUCUGCUGGGAACUUCGAGACUCAAGUUCCUGCCCAUUGUCAAGCGCCCACACGUUAUCCCCUAUAACGAUGAACUCCCUGCAAAACCUUCUGAAUCAGACCACCGCACCAUGGGCCUGGCCAGUCUUGUUCUCGUCAUGGGAUUUUUAAUUUACGUCACCUUCAAGGCAUGGCGCCUCGACUUGCCCGCUUUCCAGACUUGGGCGGGAUAUGCUGCGAUCGACAGGCCUUGGGCAUCACCGGAGGUGUUUGGCGGGCAAAUCUUGAGAACUCUUGCCUCCAUUUUCUCUUAUGGACUCGAGGGCUCCCUUGCAACCAAGCUGCAUCUCACAUACUUCUUGUCACAACUUGUCUCGCCAAUUAUGGUUCUAGCCAUUGAGGGCCAUCGCACAGGUAACUACGGCACCCCCCUGGCCCUCCCAACGCUCUAUCUCGCUCUCAUGCAAAUAUAUGGCAUCGGUCGUAUUGGGCCGCUAUACGCUGUCCUCUUUGCCUUCAUUGGCGACACUUUCCCCACCGGCAGAUACGUCAACCCUGCAACUGCCAGAGUUGUUCCUGCUGCACUCACCCUGGGAUACGUGAUCCCAACUGCGUUCCUACUCCUCCCCUCGGCGGACAAGGCCUUCAUCCAAGAUGCGACAGCUGUGUGGCAAUUUGCACCGAUAGUGGCAUGCGCUCUUGUCAGCGUUCUCUCCGUCAUCUCUAGGCUCUGGACACGGUUGACCAAGUCAAGUGAGAAAUCAUCAUCGUUCAACCACUAUGAGAAGGACGACCUUCCCGCCCUCAAUGCCUCCUACACGUACGCCUUUAUGAUCCAGGCAACAGCUCACAUCCUCGUCCUUUCUUUCGCUUACAUGCAAUCGGACUUUUCCUUCUUCGAUACAUUUUUCGAUCUCCCCCACAUCUUCACCGAGGACUGGGCCCUGCCCGAUCUGGCAGCUCAAGUUGCUGUCUUCUUCCGAUAUGACAUGGCAAUUGGCCUUGGGUCAGUUGUUCUCAGCAACUUAUUCUCUGUUUGGCAACUCCGCACCUCGGGGUACAUUGGAAACUGCGAUGCUAUCAAGGGAGCUGUAGCUGUGGUCAUCGGCCAAGCUCUGGUUGGUCCCGGUGCCACUUGGGCAGGUCUUUGGGCCUGGAGGGAGGGUGUUCUUGCCAGCCUCAACAAGUUUUCGUAA